AUGAAUCGUCUAUCUUUAUUAUGUCUGUUACUACCAUUAAUUAUUACAAAAGAUGUCGAAGAUAGAGAAAUGAACAUAGCGGAGUUUUUUGCAAUCGUGGCAUAUUAUGGAGCUUUUGUGUGA